AUGCAAAAAGCAGAACAGAACCCUCAGCUUGUCAUGUUGUCUAACUGGGAUCACCUGACUUCUGCUGAGUACCAGAAAGUACAGGAGGAAAGCCGUGUGAAUAUUUUAUACUGCAUGGACAGUAUCCUUAUCAACGGUCGCGGGGCAAUGUGGACAACAGCCGGCAACGCCUUAUAUGAUGUGACCCGAUCCUCUACGACCUCAACGCGAAGAACAACUUGGCGGAGCAGGUUACAAUCCAAACCAAGAACGGUACAUGGGUGGAUCUGCUUCUGCAGCUGGGCGAAAUGCCCAACACGCCUGCAAUCCAAGCGCCGCACGUUAUGCACAAGCACUUCAAUAAGGCCUAUGUCCUUGGGUGUCGGUCCGGGCUUCUUUAACUGGUCUAGUACUGAAAAGGCUUGA